AAUCAGAAAUGCAAACAGAUCUGAUAACAGGGUUCGAAGUUCAAUUUUAUUAUCUGUUGCAACUGGUGUUGCCCUCCCCCCAGUUAUUUUGUAGCAUCUUCUAUAGAGGAACAUUUAUUUCUGAAUAAUUUUACGGGUUUGUUGAAUAAAAGAAAAAAAGCUAUACCGAUUAUGAAUUUUGGCAGACUGAAGCAAGGUUUGAGUGGAUGAAGAAAUCAAUUGAGAGCCUUUGAGCGUUUUUGGAGAGGAAGAGUGGUCCAAGUGCAUUUGUCAAUAAACAGCUGAGGAGUAACUUUAGAAAACCUGUCUUUUGGCAGCAAAUUAAAACGCCAAAAAUGCAAAUGCCAUUACGCAAAAAGCUUAAAUGAGGGUUAUGGAUAGAUAGAUUUCGCCAAUUGGAAGCUUGCGAUCAAAAAAUAAAGGGGAUAUAUGUUAUGGAUGAUAGCUGCAAGUCUCUGUCUAGUGAUUCUUCUGAUGAUUUAAAAUGGCCAAAAAUAAGAAAAGUCUAUUUAUCGAAAAGCCCAAUUUCCCUAGUUAAAGACAGACAAAAGAAAGACAACCAUAAUAUGAUUGAAAGGCGAAGACGAUUUAACAUUAAUGACAGAAUUAAAGAACUAGGUACGCUAUUACCAGACUUAAAUGAUCCAUACUAUGAUCUAGUUCGGGAACAAAGACACAACAAAGGAACUAUCUUAAGAUCAUCUGUUACUUAUUUGCGUUGCUUAAAACGUGAUGUUGCUAGAAUACCAGAAAUGGAAGAGAAACAAAAAAUUUUAGAAACACAAAACAGAAAUCUGAUAAAAAGAGUUCAGAAUCUCGAAGAAGAAUUGAAAGGAUGUGGAAAUCUUCAUCUAUUUGAUUUUCUUAAACAAGAAGUUGAUGACGCACAUGAGAAAGUCGUAACCCCGCCAACAUCACCAACUUCUGUUAAUGAAUUUUAUGAGGAUUUGAACGAACCUGUUAUAUCAAAUGAUCCUCUUCUAUGUGAAUCACAAAACCCUUCACCUGAUCCUUCACAAGAAUUUUUUAUGAUAUAAUCCUAUUUAUUCAGCAUUCAUUAAAAAUAUUUUUAAUAAAA